CUCAACUCCAGGUGUCUUGCGUGCACUUUAGUCGGGUCUCAUCAGGUGUCUCUCCAGCUCCAUGAGCUCUCUAGAGGAUCAGGUACGGGACUGGCAUCAGGGCGUACUGGCCGUGGCAAGCGAAGACUGGGAUCGCGCCCUGUGCCUCUUCUCAGAUGUCCAGGAGCCGCGGGCCAAGAUGUACUUCAACAUGGGCUGCGUGAGUCUGAUGGCGGGGGAUCCCAAGGCUGCUUUGCGGGCAUUUGACCAAGCAGUGACCAAGGACCCCUGCAUGGCUGUUGGCUUCUUCCAGCGGGGAGUGGCCAAUUUCCAGCUGGAGAGGUUCCAGGAGGCUGUGUCUGACUUCCAGCUGGCCCUGGCACAGCUGAGAGGCAAUGCUGCCAUUGACUACACUCAACUGGGUCUGUACUUCAAACUGCACGCCUGGGAGGUCCUGUACAACACGGCAUCAGCACAGUGCCAGGCAGGGCUCUGGACCAAGGCUGCCGAUACUCUAGAGGAGGCAAUCUCCAAACGGCCAGAGGGCGCCCAAGAUAUCCUGGACACUGCCCUGGACCAAGUACAGGUUUGCAUGCUCCAUCCCAGAAACAGGUACCCCUGCAGCUGCGGCAGGUCCCCAAGGGUGAGGUCUUCCAGCCUCCCAGGAAAUACCUACAGCAUCUGGAGCCCAUGGAUUUCCUCGGCAAGGCUAAGGUGGUGGCUUCUGUUAUCCCUGACAACCGCAGCUCAGAUGGCUGGCCUCAGAAGCCUAGGGUCCCCUCCCCUCCAGCUUUCUGAUUCACCUGAGCUGCCCCCUCUGUUGAGGUCCUGCUACCCCUGUCUUCCUUUGCAGAGGUCCCAGAUGGAGCUAGUUGGCCAUCAGUCUUCUGCGUCUAUGGGUGGUCACAUGAGCCGUGCUCAAUGCUACAGCUUGCUGGCAUCUGGAGGGCCUGACCCAGGCCCCCCUGAAGACUCCUCAGAAGCUGGGGGAACAGCUGCUGAGGACCCUGAAUCCCUGGUGACUGUCACUGUACAGUGCCACCUUACUGUGCCCCUGAAGGCCCCAAGGGGCACUGACCUGUCCAGCCUACGUACACUGCUGGCUCAAGCCCUCCUUCACCAGGCCCAGAGGGGGCAGCUCAGUUACCAGGCCCCACGAGACAAGUUCUGGACCCCAAUCUCCACGGAGGACUCACUGCAGAGUGCAUGGAGGAAUGUGGCCGUGGGCUCACGAGGGUUGCAUCUCCAGUGCCGGGGGGCCUGGGGCCGACCAGUCCUCUACCAGGUAGUGGCUCGGCACAGUUACACAGCCCGAAGGCCUGAGGAUUUGGACUUCCGCCAGGGGGACACAGUGGAUGUUCUGUGUGAAGUGGACGAAGCAUGGCUGGAGGGACACCGAGACGGCUGCAUCGGCAUUUUCCCUAAGUGCUUUGUGGUCCCAGCUGGUGCCUGUGUGGAAGCCGGAGCUGUUCCAGGACCCAAGCCAGGAGACGGGCACUAGCAACAUUGUGACAAGAUCAGUUUUAAUUUAAACAAACAAAAAAAUUUCCCCUCAUCCCUGUGUGGUCUGCCUUCCGGGGUUGAUGAUAAAGAGGAUCAAACUAU